UAGGCAGGGAGGGGGAGAAGGAGAGAAGCUGGCUGCCUGUAGCCCUGGUACAACUGUCUCAUCUCAGGCAGAGUAGAGGCAAUUGCAGCACCCGGGGCUGCCUGCCUGGACGCCGGGCUCCCUUCCCCUGUCUGUGCCAGACGAAGGACAGGAGGAGGUCGAGAAUAAACUCGAUUGGCCCGUCGGUCCCUGGUCUCUGCCGGGUUUCGGAAGGAAGGCUGGCUCCUGCGCCCUGGCUAGGCCCAGGAAUUCAGCAUCUACCUCAGGACAUCCCCGCCUCCUCGUCCCUCCUGAAGCCCUUGCAUGAGCAGAGGUUUGUCUCUGGCUGCAGCCCAGUGCCCAGCCCCAACCCCCAACCCCAGGCACCAUGUCUGGCUCCUAUGAUGAGGCCACACCUUCAAUGGAGGAGAUCACAGACAGCUUCUGGGAGGUGGGAAACUACAAGCGGACGGUAAAGCGGAUCGAUGAUGGUCACCGGCUCUGCAAUGACCUCAUGAGCUGCCUUCAUGAGCGAGCCAAGAUCGAGAAGGCCUACGCCCAGCAGCUCACAGACUGGGCCAAGCGCUGGCGCCAGCUCCUCGAGAAAGGCCCACAGUAUGGCAGCCUGGAGCGUGCGUGGGGUGCCAUCAUGACGGAGGCUGACAAGGUAAGUGAGCUGCAUCAGGACGUGAAGAACAGUCUGGUCAAUGAUGACCUGGAGAAGGUGAAGAACUGGCAGAAGGAUGCCUACCACAAGCAGAUCAUGGGCGGCUUCAAGGAGACGAAGGAGGCUGAGGAUGGCUUCCGGAAAGCACAGAAACCCUGGGCCAAGAAGAUGAAAGAGCUGGAGGCAGCAAAGAAGGCCUACCACUUGGCCUGCAAAGAGGAGAAGCUGGCAGUGACCCGGGAGGCUAACAGCAAGGCAGAGCAGUCAGUCACCCCGGAACAGCAGAAGAAACUCCAGGACAAAGUGGACAAGUGCAAGCAGGAUGUACAGAAGACCCAAGAGAAAUAUGAGAAGGUGCUGGAUGAGAUUGGCAAGUCAACACCCCAGUACAUGGAAGGCAUGGAGCAGAUAUUCGAGCAAUGCCAGCAGUUCGAGGAGAAGAGGCUGGUUUUCCUGAAGGAGGUGCUCUUGGAUAUAAAGCGUCACCUCAACUUGGCGGAGAACAGCAGUUACAUCAAUGUGUACCGUGAGCUGGAGCAGACGAUCCGGGGGGCCGAUGCCCAGGAAGACCUCAAGUGGUUCCGAAGCUCCAGUGGGCCCGGAAUGCCCAUGAAUUGGCCUCAGUUUGAGGAGUGGAACCCAGACCUCACCAUCACCAGGAAGGAGAAACUGCCCAAGAAGAACGAGGGCGUGACCCUGACCAAUGCCUCGGGUGUGACAGAGUCUAUGGCCCAGGCUGGGGACCGUGGCAGCGUCAGCAGCUAUGACCGAGGCCAGCCAUAUGCCGCUGAAUGGUCUGAUGAUGAGAGUGGAAAUCCCUUCGGGGCGGGUGAGGCCAACGGGGGUGCCAACCCCUUUGAGGAUGAUGCCAAGGGGGUGCGUGUUCGGGCACUCUAUGAUUAUGAUGGUCAGGAGCAGGAUGAGCUCAGCUUCAAAGCAGGAGAUGAACUUACCAAACUGGGAGAAGAAGAUGAACAGGGUUGGUGCCGAGGUCGUCUGGACAGCGGACAACUUGGCCUCUAUCCCGCCAACUAUGUGGAGUCCAUCUAA